AUGAAUAAAAGAUACAUUAAGAUUGCUUUGGCACUUUUAAAUAUCGCAGGAUACAUACAAAAUGUAGCAUUUGGAAUCGGAUCUUCUGCAAAUGGUGCUAAGAACUCCAACUCCCUCCGCCAAAAAACAGUAUAUCAAGAAUACAAAGACAAGGAAUGUAAAGACAUGUAUGAAACUUUUGCAGCAAUAGAUCAUGCAAAAGAGGCGUUACCACUUUUACUAAAACUUGCUGAGAAUACAAACAGUUAUUCGGUUAAUUCUACAGAAAAUGAAAACAAAACUAUAUAUUCUAAGAAAAUUGGAAAUAUCGAUAUUGGAAGGCUUCAUCUUACUAUUCCUCUGCCUCUAAGUCUCAAAUUUAUUAAUGGAAAUGGUGCUCGUUUAUACUCCAAAUAUUUAAUCUUGUUUGAAAAACUUAACAUAGAUGGAAACCAUGUAAACUCUCAAAAAAGAUAUGCUUUAGGUGCAGGAAUUAAACAAACAAAUGACACAUUCGUAAUUGUUUGUCCUACAAGAACUCUAAAUUAUAUAGGUGAAAUCAAUCAUGAAACUGAUUUGAAAGAAAUAAUAAAAAAUACAAAAUCAAUCGAAACUGGAAUUGAUCCUGAGGAAGCAUUAACCAAAUUAGCUGACAACAUAGCCGAAUUUGUAAUUAAAAGAACCGAAGAUGAUAAAAUUCAUGUUACUUAUAUCAACGCUAUCUAUGAUAAUGGCAAUUCUACCGAGUAUGCCCACAAUAAAAGACAGAGAGAUCAUGAAUAUACAAAAAUCCUAAAGUUAUCAGAACGCAUUAUAUCUAAUGAAUUCGAUUAUCCUCCACGUAAAGGUGUUUAA